UGCAGAUACGUUGCCAAACACAAACUUCGUCAUUAGACCGUUAGAUUUUACAAUUUUCAUGUGGAUAUAUUUCAUUAUGAGCGUAGGAUGGGUAGCCCUAUCACUUGAUCAAUUUGUAGCUAUACACUACAACAAAAGGCGGCAAAAACCCAUAAUUUUAAUGUGGAGCAUCUUAACACUGAUCGUUUCAUUGAUCGACUUAAUUUUCACCUGUCUCCUUGUGAGAGAUUAUUCAACUUGCAACGAAUAUUCGGAAGAUACUUAUAACUAUAGUUGCUAUUUAGCAUUUGGCAUAGCAAUGACUCUAGCCGCAAGAGGGUACACGCUUUGGUUGGUGAACGUCAUAUUUUCCUUCUACAUGCUUAGAACGGCCGUAAAUAUCGAGAAAAGGAAGGAUAAGUUUGCCAACUUGUUUUCCGAUCACAGCAUACCGCGGGUGACCAUCCCAAAAGCAAAUAAUACCGCUCCUAUUCGCAGAAGUGAAGAAUUGGAACCGAAUUUUCUGAACCAUGACAAUUCUUUUCCGUCAUUUCUGUACCCAACCGACAAGUUGGACCAAGAGGAUACUCUACGAUCAUUCCAAAGUAGAAGUGACAGAAGCAAUGAAAAUAGGGCUCCGUCGUUCCUAAGUCGUGGUGAAAAGUUUAGUUAUUAAUUUGUGAAAUUAUAAUCUAAUCGUUAAUUCGGGAUAUACCUACAUUUGUACAGAGAUUGUAUAGUUCAAAGGACCGUGGAGGGAAGGUCGGACUUUUACUAACCACCUAGUGUCGGUGAUUCUAACCCGUAGUUACAAAUAAAGUCGAUGGUGGCGCUAAUCACACAAAGGUAGAUCUGGGUACUUUAGAUGCUAGUAACGUCACUAAAUUAGAGUCACUUUAAGUCCUUCACUAAUUCAUUUUUUAAUUGUUUAACAAGAUUAGAAAUAGAUUUAGGAAAUGGUGUCUAUCUGUGAAAUAGAACACCUAGAUUUUUCUAACAUUUUACCAUUUUUAUGUAAGAAGGAUAAAGAAGUUCGAUGUGUUUUCAAUCCAUGCCCUCCUCAACAUUUAGUAUAAGAGAAAAUAUAUUAGUAUAAGAAUUAUAUUUUUAAUUUUUAUAUAUAUUGCGCAUUUAUUUAAAUUUGUCUGUACAAUGCGAACCAUUUUCAGCAAAAAAGUCUGGAUUUUUAUUGUGAUCAAAGACAAGUCAAGGACAUGUCUGGAUAAAUAUUUUUAACGAAAUGUAGCAAAUAAUAAUCACAAAUCUAUCAAUAAAUAUAAUAUAAUAGCUAAUAUUAAUAAAAUAUGUAGUAAUGACAUUUGCCUUUACAAUUUCCAAGUCAGAGGAGACGUCCAGGAAGUCCAUCCUGAGUGACCUUUGACUGACUUGAUCAUUUUAUAUUUAUAGGAUAAUAAAGUCUUAGAUCAUAGGUGAGAAAUUAUUUUUUAUAUUAUUUAUUAUUCGAAAUAAAAUUUUUGUAUAAAUAUCAAUCAUUA